UCUUCCAUCCCCUCACCCGAUAUCGACAACUCUCUCCACACCUCUUCUUCUGUCCCAAUUUGUCGUCAAUUUGGGCAAGCGGCAGGACACCGAAAGUCAGGGUCUUUUCUUAGUGCGGCGUCGUUGAGACAGUGAGGUCAGAAGAAAUGGCCAGUUGGAGUCCAGAGUGGUGGGUAAAAAGCUGGGAGCUUGGCGUGCAGAGAGCCAGGCUCGGGCUCCUGGCCGCGGGCCUACACGGAGCCUCGGUGGACUCAGCUGGCAGCCAAAGGGCAAUCUCUGAGCUCCCAGCAGGAGCCGCCUUUUUGCAGAAGCACCUGAAAUGCAGGGUCUGGUGUAGUAAGCAGUGGCAGCAACACCAGCCACAGCGACAGCGCUGGGCCCCUGUGUAGCAGCUCAAUCCCCCUUGUCCUUGUGCCCGCCUGCGUCCCCAGACUCAGACAGGUCAUCUUAGAAGAACUAGGAUUCAAAAAAUGUUUCCCUUGAAGGAUGCCGAUAUGGGUGCCUUUACCUUCUUUGCCUCAGCUCUGCCACAUGAUGUUUGUGGAAGCAAUGGGCUUCCUCUCACACCUAAUUCCAUCAAAAUUUUAGGGCGCUUUCAAAUCCUUAAGACUAUCACCCAUCCCAGACUGUGCCAGUACGUGGAUAUUUCUAGGGGAAAGCAUGAAAGACUGGUGGUGGUGGCUGAACACUGUGAACGGAGCCUGGAAGACUUGCUUCGAGAAAGAAAACCUGUGAGUUAUUCAAAAGUUUUGUGCAUAGCAUUCGAGGUACUUCAAGGCUUGCAGUAUAUGAACAAACAUGGUAUAGUACACCGAGCACUGUCUCUUCAUAAUAUCCUGUUGGACCGAAAGGGACUUGUUAAAUUGGCUAAAUUUGGUCUUUAUCACAUGACAGCUCAUGGUGAUGAUGUUGAUUUCCCUAUAGGGUAUCCAUCAUACUUGGCACCUGAGGUAAUUGCACAAGGAAUUUUCAAAACCACUGAUCAUGUGCCAAGUGAAAAACCACUGCCAUCUGGCCCCAAAUCAGAUGUGUGGUCUCUUGGAAUUAUUUUGUUUGAGCUUUGUGUGGGAAGAAAAUUAUUUCAGAGCUUGGAUAUUUCUGAAAGACUAAAAUUUGUGCUUACUUUAGACUGCGUAGAUGACACUGUAAUAGUUCUGGCUGAAGAGCAUGGUUGUCUGGACAUUAUAAAGGAGCUUCCUGAAAAUGUGAUGGAUCUUUUGAAGAAGUGCCUCACCUUCCAUCCUUCUAAAAGGCCAACCCCAGAUGAGUUGAUGAAGGACAAAGUGUUCAGUGAAGUGUCCCCUCUGUAUCCUCCCUUUAUCAAGCCUGCCAGUCUGUUUUCAUCUUCUCUGAGAUGUGCUGACUUAACCCUGCCUGAGGAUAUCAGUCAGUUGUGUCAAGAUAUAAACAAUGAUUAUCUGGCAGAAAGAUCUAUUGAAGAAGUGUAUUACCUUUGGUGUUUGGCUGGAGGAGACUUGGAGAAAGAGCUCGUCAAUAAGGAAAUCAUUCGAUCCAAACCACCUAUCUGCACACUCCCCAAUUUUCUCUUUGAAGAUGGUGAAAGCGUUGGACAAGAUCGAGAUAGAAGCUCACUUUUAGAUGAUACCACUGUGACAUUGUCAUUAUGUCAGUUAAGAAAUAGAUUAAAAGAUGUUGGUGGAGAAGCAUUUUACCCAUUACUUGAAGAUGACCAGUCUAAUUUGCCUCAUUCAAACAGCAGUAAUGAGUUGUCGGCGGCUGCUACUCUCCCUUUAAUCAUCAGAGAGAGGGACACAGAGUACCAACUAAACAGAAUUAUUCUCUUUGACAGGCUGCUAAAGGCUUAUCCAUAUAAAAAAAAUCAAAUCUGGAAGGAAGCAAGAGUUGACAUUCCUCCUCUUAUGAGAGGUCUCACCUGGGCUGCUCUUCUGGGAGUUGAGGGGGCUAUUCAUGCCAAGUAUGAAGCAAUUGAUAAAGACACUCCAAUUCCUACAGAUAGACAGAUUGAAGUGGAUAUUCCUCGCUGCCAUCAGUAUGAUGAACUGUUAUCAUCACCAGAAGGUCAUGCAAAAUUUAGGCGUGUAUUAAAAGCCUGGGUAGUAUCUCAUCCUGAUCUUGUAUAUUGGCAAGGUCUUGACUCACUUUGUGCUCCAUUUCUGUAUCUAAAUUUCAAUAAUGAAGCCUUGGCAUAUGCAUGCAUGUCUGCUUUUAUUCCCAAGUACCUGUAUAACUUCUUCUUAAAAGACAACUCACACGUAAUACAAGAGUAUCUGACGGUGUUCUCUCAGAUGAUUGCCUUCCACGAUCCAGAGCUGAGUAAUCAUCUCAACGAGAUUGGCUUCAUUCCAGAUCUCUAUGCCAUCCCUUGGUUUCUCACCAUGUUUACUCAUGUAUUUCCUUUGCACAAAAUUUUUCACCUCUGGGAUACCUUACUACUUGGGAAUUCUUCUUUCCCAUUUUGUAUUGGAGUAGCAAUUCUUCAGCAGCUGCGGGACCGGCUUUUGGCUAAUGGCUUUAAUGAGUGCAUUCUUCUCUUCUCUGAUUUACCAGAAAUUGACAUUGAACGCUGUGUUCGAGAAUCGAUCAACCUGUUCUGUUGGACUCCUAAGAGUGCUACGUACAGGCAGCAUGCUCAGCCUCCAAAGCCAGCUCCUGACAGCAGUGGAGUCAGAAGCUCAGCUCCUUAUUUCUCUUCUGAGUGUCCAGACCCUCCAAAGUCAGAUCUGUGCAGAGAAUCCAUCCCAUUAAGUGACCUGAAGUCAGAGGCGUCCCCACGGAUUUCAGCGGAAGACCUAAUUGACCUGUGUGAGCUCACCGUGACAGGCCACUUCAAAACACCCACCAAGAAGACCAAGUCCAGCAAACCAAAGCUUCUGGUGGUGGACAUUCGGAGCAGUGAAGAUUUUAUUCGAGGUCACAUUUCAGGUAGCAUCAACAUUCCAUUCAGUGCUGCAUUCACUGCAGAAGGGGAGCUUACCCAGGGCCCGUACACAACUAUGCUCCAGAACUACAAAGGGAAGGUCAUUGUCAUCGUGGGGCAUGUGGCAAAGCACACAGCUGAGUUUGCAGCUCAUCUUGUGAAGAAGAAAUAUCCAAGAAUCUGUAUUUUAGAUGGUGGCAUUAACAAGAUCAAGCCUACAGGCCUCCUCACCGUCCCAUCCCCUCAGAUAUGAAGAACGCAGAGUGUGACUGCCAAAGGACAGAGUGGCAGCGGCGCCGACAGCACAGACCUCCUCGCCAAGCUGCUCCGAGCCAGAUGGGGCAUCCCGAUUUCUGCAUCUCCAUAAACCUUUGUCUCGAGACAUCUUUUUAAAUCUCGUAACUCAGAUGUUCAGCUAUCCAGGCAAGAACUUGACUGUACAUGUAUUGCUGAAAGAAUUUUCUUAACACUGAAAUCUGAUCAUGUAUUUCUACCACACUGCCACAUAAAGCCAAAAGAAUUCAGCUGACAGCAAAUUUAGCAUUAUCAAGAAAUUCCAGCUGCACUGAAAAAGCUGUCCCCCAUUGUUAGGCAGUCCUAACAAUGGUAUUACACAUAUUUAAAAACGUAGACUGAAUGUGGGCUGAAAUCAUCAUCUUUCCAUGAUAAAAAUUGAAAAGCUACUUGUAAUACAUUCCUUAUGAUACAUUCCUUCUAAAUAAAUGCUACAUUUGGUAACUCACUUUACCCAGACAAGGUGUGUGUGUGUGUAUGUGUGUGUUUAGAAGGAACAGAACUUAGCUUAUUGCAGAACAUUACUACAGUUUAUUCCCAGAAAAAUGAAAUUCAGAAACCAUUUAUAUUACAUAGAAUAUAUGUUCAGAUCCUAUAACAGAGAAUCCCAAAGAGUAACUUAAACAGAUUUUCUAGUUUCUUCAUCAAGUAAAAGUCUGCACAGGCAGCCCAGGGCUGGCACAUCGGUUUCGUCGUCGUCAUUAAGCGCUUGGCGACAUUCUGUCAUUGCUUUACCGCCCUUGGCGCAUGUCUUCCAUCUCGUGGAUGAAACUGGCUCCUCGGCUUCCACCAUCAUGUCUGUAAUCUAGAAAGAAGGGAAAAAGGAAGGAGGGGGGAACGAAGGAAGGAGGAAAGAAAGAGAAGAAGAAGG